GACGCGCUCUUCCCUGUAUCUUCUAGGUUCCCGGGUGGAUUCCGUCCUCCGUUUUUCACGUAUUUUACUCAAGAAUCCCAUCAUCUUCGCUUUACACAAACUAAGAUUUAACUUUCAUUAUAUCACCUAAUGAACAAUGGGAGUUCAUGGGCUUUGGAAGUUACUGGAAUGCUCAGGAAGACCUAUAAACCCAGAAACAUUGGAAGGAAAAAUUCUUGCUGUUGAUAUUAGUAUUUGGUUAAAUCAAGCUAUUAAAGGAGCAAGAGACCGCCAUGGGAAUUCCAUCCAUAAUGCGCAUCUCCUGACAUUAUUUCGACGACUUUGCAAACUGCUCUUCUUUCGGAUCCACCCCAUUUUUGUUUUUGAUGGAGAAGCUCCUCUAUUGAAGAGGCAAACUUUGGCUAAACGAAAGCAGCAAAAAGAAGCUGCAGCCACAGAUUCAAAGAAAACUAAGGAGAAGCUUUUGAAAACUUUCCUGAAACGACAAGCGAUCAAGACUGCUUUAGCAGGCAAGAGCAAUGCUGAAUUUCCUAGUCUUGCAGAAGUAAGAAGAGAAGAGGUGGAUGACAUUUAUGUGCUCCCUGCCUUACAAGAAGAUAAAAAAAAUAGCUCGGAAGAGGAAGAGGAAAAAGAGUGGGAAGAAAGGAUGACCCAGAAGAAAAUAUUGCAAGAAGAAUUGCUUGAAAACCCUCGUUCUGUAGACGUUGAAUCAGACGAUUUCUUGAGCUUGCCUCCUGAAAUAAAACACGAGAUCCUCACUGACAUGAAGGAAUUCACUAAACGAAGAAGAACAAUAUUUGAAGCAAUGCCUGAGGAAUCCAGUGACUUCUCCCAGUAUCAGCUCAAGGGUUUACUUAAGAAAAGCAGUUUAAAUCGACACAUAGAAAAAGUGCAGAAGGAGAUGAAUGAACAACACUCUGGCCAAAUCCAGCACCAGUACGAAGAAGAUGGGGGUUUCUUGAAAGAAUUGGAAACCAGGAGGGUUGUAUCUGAAGAUACAUCUCAUUACAUCCUAUUAAAAGGUACCCAGUCCAAAGGAGAUACUUCUAGUUAUGUGGCAUCUGCAAUCCAUUCUUCUACAAUGCCAAAAGAUUUAAAACCUAGCAAAAAUAUUAACAACAUGCAAGUUAAGCCAGUCUCAUGUGACCUUUCAAUGGAAUCAACCAGUAGUACUUACUCAACACCCCCUUCUCCCAGAACAAUGCUUGCUAUCCAGGCUGCUAUGUUGGGAAGCAGUUCAGAAGAUGAGUUGGAAGAUAGAAACAAGAACCGCCCUAAUUUAGACAAGUGUGAGUCCAUGCCCAGUGUAGGCAGAGGUAACGUGUCUCCACGAACAAUCAAGGCUAUUCAGCAGGCAUUAUGUGAGGAGGAGGAGGAGGAGAUUAUCACAGCACCAUUUAUCAAUAGGACUACUAUUACUCAAGGAGAAAGAAUGUCCAUGAAGGACCAUCUUGCCAGCAGUUCAGAUGAAGGAGGCCAAGUUCCUGAAGAUCAGAAUGAAAAACAACUUUUACCGGUACAGAAAUUGGAAAGUGGAAAUAUUAAAAAAAGCCCAGGCAUUCCUGUUGUGCAAAAAAGACUUUUGUCUGGGGCAGAAAAUGAAGAAAAAAGUGUGGAAACUAGGAUUUCUCAAACAGAUGUAAGUCCUGGACAAUGUCAGAGUCCAAACAGCAGGAUAAAGCAGCCAGAAAUUUCUUUGUCUCCAAUUCCUUCAGUUGGCUCAAGUCGUUCAGGAUUUGCACAGUUAGCCCAAACUGGAAAACUUCAGUGUUUAAAGGAAUUGGCUAGCCAUUCAGGAAAAAACGUAUCCAGUACACAGAAUGACUUUUUGUUUGCUUUAGAUACCCCUAAACUUGAAGAGUGUUUGGAACAUCAAUCACAAUCUGAAGAAAGUGAUUCUGAUGGAAGUUUCAUUGAAGUAGAGACUGAACCAAGUGGUGAACAAGAUGGGACAUCUGAGACAUCGCUUGCUUCCGCUGACGAGGACGUUGGAGUGGUGGCUGAAACUUCAUUGGAAAUGAGAGAAGAGAGUGAGGGUGCUACAGAAAAUAAAUCAGAAAAUGGUGAAGAUGCAGAGCUUGCUAUGCAACAAAAUUCUGGAAUGGAAAGCACAGAGAAAGCUGAAAUUAAUGAAUGGCAAAAUAUUAGUAUGGAAGAUUUGGAAGUCUUGGAAACAAACUUGUCUGUUGAACAAACAGCACUUCAAGCUCAGAAACAGCAGCAGGAGCGUACUGCUGCCACCGUGACAGGGCAGAUGUUCUUAGAGAGUCAGGAACUUCUGCGCCUCUUUGGCAUUCCAUACAUCGAGGCUCCAAUGGAAGCAGAAGCACAGUGUGCUGUCUUGGAUCUUACUGAUCAAACGUCUGGGACAAUCACAGAUGACAGUGAUAUUUGGUUGUUUGGAGGACGUCAUGUGUACAAAAACUUCUUCAGUCAAAGCAAGUACGUCGAAUAUUAUCAGUAUGUGGACUUCCAAAAUCAGCUAGGCUUGGAUCGAAACAAGUUGAUUAAUCUGGCCUAUCUCCUGGGCAGCGACUACACUGAGGGCAUCCCUAAUGUUGGCUGCGUAACUGCAAUGGAGAUUUUGAAUGAGUUCCCUGGUCGAGAACUAGAGCCUCUCUUGAAACUCAUAGAAUGGUGGGCUGAGGCUCAAAAGAAUAAGAAAAUACGUCCCAAUCCAUAUGAUACUAAAGUGAAGAAAAAACUGCGGCACAUAGAAAUUGCUACUGGUUUCCCAAAUCCUUCGGUGGCGGAAGCUUAUUUGCACCCUGUGGUGGAUGAGUCAAAGGGAUCCUUUACUUGGGGAAGACCUGAUGUGGAACAAAUUAGAGAAUAUCCUUUCCCCCAUUUGUUCCCUUAACAAACUGUUAAAAAGAAAUAUAUUCUAGUGCAAACAUUUGCAUAGGUGAACUAUGCUUCAACUCAGCUGCGUAUUGACUCAUUCUUCAGACUGGCACAACAUGAAAAACAAGCCAUCAAGAGUCAGAGGCUUCGCCGAGCUGUGACUUGCAUGAGGAGAAAAGAGAAGGAAGAAGAAGACAGUGAAGUCCAGGAGGCAACUGCUGUCCUAGAAGAAGAAUUGAAACAGAGGAAAGGGCAAGCAUUCAAUAAAGGAAGGGCUGGAUGCCAGAGACGAGGAAGCAAACGGAAAAAAUGUCCACCAUCUGAGCAACAGAGCUUUCUGUGUGGUGGCUUCAUUGGAGAGGUUCUUCUCUCAGAGGCAUCCAGCGAGUCUUCAGCUGAUGAUUUGGAGAAGGAAGCCUCCAGAAAGCACAGAAGAGGGGAGGAUGCAAAGAGGCUCGAAACAAAAGUGGCAAGUCACAAAACAACUCUAGAAGUUGCAUCUGCACAAAGUGAAGCAGAGAGUAGCAGUGCCAGUGCAGAGGAGGAAAUGCAGAUGGUGACAGCCAGGCCAGUGUUUGAGGGCAAAAAAGCCCGAGGCAAGAGUUUAAGGAGAAGGUGGAAGAAAUAAUGCUAGCUAGAAACAUAUAUGGGGCUUUAAAAAUCAUAUCUGUGUUUCUCAACCGUGGCAACUUGAAGACAUGUGGACUUCAAGGCUGACUGGGGAGUUCUGGGACUUGAAGUCCAUGCCUCUUCAAGCUGCUAAGAUUAAGAAGCACUGCAUUAUCUUAUAAAUUACAUAAUAUUCUUUUCAUUAGAAAGGUAUUUUCCACUUUCUUUAUCAAUUUUGUAUAUAUUGUUACUGUUCACAUACUUAACAGCAUGAUAUGAAUGUUUUAAAAAAACUUUUUUAAAAAAGGAAAACAUCUGUUUUUUCCUCAAGAAAGUGUCUGCUAAAGUUUGUCAGCUUUGAGAAUUAUCUGAGGUGAUUUGUGACCUGUAUUGUGUUCAGAAGGAAAAUGAAUUCAAUUUAUGGUGCUGCUAAUUGACAUUAAGCUUCACACUUCACAAAAAAACCCCCAACCAAAACCGCACAAGUGGCCUACUGUUCAAAGCUUUUGUAGUUUAUUAGUAGGAAAUACGUGGGACAACCGAAUUUCCUUGGUAUCUUGCCAUGCCACUUAUAUUAAACAUCAGUUUGUGCAUUUUGCGGUGCAAGGAAACUUUGAUGUAAAGAGGAGAGUUAAUCAUUUUGAUCUUGCUACAAGUGGAUAUUAAAUGAAAUGGAAAUGAGAUAUCAAACAAGGGGCAUAAAUAAAUUGAAGAAAAGCAAAGAAUAGACUCGAAGUUUAGAUCAGAUUUAAAUUUCAUUUUCUGUGUAGUUAAAUUAUGAAGCUUGCUGUGUCAAUCUGGUUGAUCAGUUGCCCAAUAUAAAGGAAAUUCCACACAGUUUUUGUAAA